UCGAUCAAGCGGCCGCUUCUUCUCUCUCCCUCUUUCUCUCUCUCUAUCGAAAGCACAGACGCAGUUCUAUCGCUUGUUCUAUCCGGGGAAAUCUUCUUCGGCUGCUUCGGAUCGAGGUGUGGGUUGAGGAGGACGCCAAAGAGACAUAUAUAGUUUGUCUCCACAGGGCUGUUCGUGAACAUAGAAGAGAAGAGAGGAGAAGAGAAGAGAUUGGCUUAUUUGUUGAUCUAUUUGUACCUGCGAAGAUGGCAAGGUUCAAUUGCUUCUCUAGUCUUCUCAUCCCAAAGAAGAAGAAAUCUGAUAAACCAUCUAAUCCACUCCAUGUCAGAUGGUUGAACAAUAUGAGAGAUUUGCGAGCUAAACCAGAAUUAGUUCAUCCUCUUGAUAAGGGAACAAAGGAGGCAUCUUUUGAGGUAAAAAGCCCUUUGACUAAAUUGAGUAAAAGCAAGGAUGGAGCUUUGACUAAGAAUCCGGCAGUGGUUGAGGCAGCCUAUGAGGGAGGUGACGAGCACGAUGACGUUCAAUCAAUAAAGAAAGACUUCUCUGUCAUCGAUCUCCAUGCAUUAGCUGGAGAGAAAGGUGAACUUGAAUCACCUGAUUUUAAUCAUGAAUGCAGCAGCAUCAACGUGAGGAAGAAUAACUCACAGAAAAAUGAAGGGAUCACUCCUGAGACGCUGAUUGAAAGUGGACAUGUGAGUGAUCCUGGAAUGGGAAAGACAAUGUCUUUUGGGGGCUCUCCAUUGCUGAAGCGAUCAUGCUCCAUGAUUGAAAGAAAGAGAAAUUGUCAAUUGCCUCCUAUAUCACCUUCCAAGUCUCAUUCCUAUGGAGAUCUGAAGAAGUUGUCUGGACAUGGCAUAGAAUCACAUGACAUUUUAGGCAGCCCAUUAUCAGUAGUGACCUCUUGCAGCGCUGACAAGGUAAUUCUAAAGAAGAAAUCUUCAAGUCAGGUGCUUCCCUCAAGAAGUAGAAAACUCUGGUGGAAGCUUUUUCUUUGGAGCCAUAGGAAUCUCCAUAGGUCCUCGUUCUCAAAACCAGAAAGGAAAUUCCUUCCAGUAGUAGCCUCAAACCAGAAAGAUGGUUACUGUUCCGAUACACUCCAAUCAAGUCCUACUGUUGACAUAAAGAAGAAGAAACCAAUGGAAGAGCCUCAUGUUGUUGCUGGUUUAUGGCCUCAGAAUCAAUGGGUUGCUUUUUGUGCAGAAUCAUCUUUAGACAGAGUUAGUGCUUGGGUCCAUAGUCUGGAAGAUGGCCCCUUUUUCCCAACUGACAAUGAUGAUAUAUCAGCUGGAGCUAAUGGUGAGAUAGCUACGGUUAAGGCAGGGGAACAUUCACAAAAGAACCAUGCUCAUACGAGCAAGCAUGCUUCGGAGGAAAUUGUGCAGGCCAACAACAUCAUUAAGUCUCUCAAUUCUUUGCAUUCAGUAGCUCAUAUUUCAGGUAUGGGCUUAAAAGUUAUACCUGCAAUUUCAGCGUUUACUAGCCUCCGAGAAGUCAAUUUAUCAAACAAUUUCAUAGUUCGUAUUUCUCAUGGAUCAUUACCUAAGAGCCUGCAUACACUUGACUUAUCAAGGAACAAGAUUUCCGCAAUCGAAGGUCUCAAAGAGUUGACGAAGCUAAGGCUACUAAAUCUAAGUUAUAAUAGAAUCUCGCAUAUUGGCCAUGGACUGUCAAAUUGCAUUAUCAUAAAAGAGCUAUACCUUGUUGGCAACAAAAUCAGCGAAGUGGAAGGACUCCACAGGCUCUUGAAGCUCAGCGUUCUUGAUCUAAGCUUCAACAAGAUCACGACAGCAAAUGCCUUAGGCCAGCUUGUUGCUAACUAUAAUUCCCUCUUGGCCCUCAACCUACUCGGGAACCCAAUUCAGACUCAUAUUGGGGAUGACCAGCUCCAAAAGUUUGUCUGCAGCCUCCUCCCCCAUCUUGUCUACCUCAACAAGCAGCCGACUAAACCCCACAGAUCUAGGGAGGCAGUGACCGAUAAUGUUGCCAAGGCUGCACUUGGGAGCAUUGGCUGGAACUCCCGGAAACGGCCAACAAGGCAUGCAGUAUUGAAUUUAAGCUCUCCAACUAAGGGAAUCACUAAUGGGAGUGAGCAAAAGAACAAACGCAGAUCAAAAAGCAGGCGGCAGCACUCAUUUCUGACACGAAAAUAACUGCAUAAUAUAUGAAGACCCUAAAUCUUCCUGCAUCUUAAUCUUCAAGCAUGUAUGUUACAUAGGCUGUUUUGACUUCAAUCUGAACAAUGCAGCUUAACACACCUCUGGGAAAUCUUCAAGCAAAUAAAGAUUUUGCAUGGCUCAUGUGCGUUUGACAAUGAACGAAGAGCACAAUGCAGCUCAACACACUUCUGGGAAAUAAUGCAAGGGAUUGGUCUUUUUUAUGUUCUAGAAACCGAAAUGGCUUGUCCCAUUUCAGUUCGUGUGUGUAUUGCAGUGUCUUUUUAGCUUUUCAGUUAUAUUUAUCAUCACAAUUGCUAUAA